AUGCCCCAUGCAUGGAUGCACAGUGUGGAGUUGAGUUACAGAGCCUCCAUGCUCUGCUCGUCUCAUAAGACUUGUCCCCUGACAAACAACGGCCGCGUCAUAAAGGCCUACAACAAGGGUAAGGACGAAAAAAUUCAAACAGUUGUAGUGGAAAUUCUACAAGUUUUCCCUGAAAACAUUCCAAUAACUCAACUCAAAAUCUACACAACGUCCUCUAAAACAAACGGCAACAACAACAACAAGUCACAAAAAAAUCAGACCGAGAAAAAAUUAUUGGUGGUUUCCCACGUAGAAAUCAAAUCUAUUCAUCUUCAUCGAUGCCAGGAGGCCAAGUCGUGCAGCUCCUGCAUUGCCCUGAAGGACCCCUACUGUGCGUGGAGAGAUGGCAGGUGUUCUCACUCGAGCCACGGCCUGCAAAACCUCGAGUUGGGUCUCCACCCAAAAUGCAUACCUCUUGUAGUUGAAACAACGCCGAAAAUGUUGACAACACCUAUGAAGGAGCUAACAACAACCACCACCAUAACAACAUCAACAAGCCAACGAUCCACCAUUACAACAACUUUAUUCUUCGAUUUGUAUUCUUAUAACGACGAAGAUGCAUUGUUUCCAUCGUAUCAAGCUCACAUUGAUUCUAUCGAUGAAUCGACAUUCAGCAACUUCAACAACUUUGACAACAACAACAAUAUCAUCAACAACAACAAUAACCAUCCUUCUUAUAAUUUGCAUAAUUCAAUAUCGCAAAAUGCAGCAGUUAGCUCAGAAAGUGUAGUAUGCAACGUAUCGACAUUCAACAUCAUCUUCGCCAUUGUCCUCACUUUCAUCAUCACAUUCGUUGUCGUCUUUCCGUGUGGAAUCUUUCUGGGGCGUUUUUGUCGGGUGCAGCCUGCUUUCAAAUUGGAAUGGAGACCAAAGAAGAAUCAAUUCAGUUACGCAGACAGCACGAUUGCCGUUCAGACCAAAUGUAUCGACGAUGCUAAUGAAUUCAGAGCCAUGCAAAGCUCGUACGAAUUCAAAUCCCCAAUACAAACGACCUUUGUACCAAUCAUUCCUACCGAUGCCUAUGUCAACAAAAAUAUCACUCUUAACAACAACAACAAUAAUAAUAAUAAUAAUAAUAAUAAUAACAUCAACAACAACAACAUCCUCUACCACAACGCUAACAACAACAACAUUUUAAACGCAAACAACUACACGAGUAAUUAUUUGUGUGGCACAAACAAUAUAAAUAACAACAACAACACCAACGUUAACGUUAAUAAAAACGACAUCAGCAAGAUGAACUAUUUCAAUAAGAACAACUUCAACAGCAUGAACACUUACAACGUAAAGAGCUACCACAUGGGCAGCAUCGACAGAAGCGACUGCGACAAGACAGAGUACAGCAGCAGCAUGUUCAGCAACGUCAGCUACAGUGACCACACUACGAAGAGCAACAUGAACACUUCCAAAGCUCCACUUCUCUCUGCUACAGACAAAUAA